AUGGCCCAUCAAUUCAGGCGCGAUUCUAGACCAUCUACAGAGAGUACCACGGGCUUCCAGCGCUUGUCAAGCGACUACACGGAUACUCAAAAUGAGCAAGAAUCUCGUGAUUCCCUGCCUAAAUAUUACCCUAAAGAUCACGAAGUCACAAGAUGGCUUGUAAAUCAAAUGCGAUGUAGAAAUGGUCUGCAUCACCUGGUGAAUCUUGCCAAUGUACAACCAAGUUUGCUGUCCGCCUAUUUUGAAAUAUACGAUCAACCCCAUCUGUAUAUCGACGCGCGGACCGGUCCAGGAAUGCCUGCCUAUGGAAUAAAGACUGUUCUUUAUUUGACCCCUUUAGCAAUUGCCAUAUACCUGCGCCUGAGAUCGGUACUUCGUUUGCUACUCGACUCUUCCGGUACACGUAUACACGCCCGUGCGCGUCAAGAAGUCGUGGUGAAUGCCACGUGUUAUGUGAGACGCACAAAGCCAAGACCUGGGCCGUUCGUAAUGGAUGAAUAUUCAACAACAUAUCCGGCGGUAAUUGCAGUGAGGCGAGAGUUUUUCACAGGUCUCACGUUACUGAUGUCGGCCGGCUUCUGUCCACAAGAGCCUAUUAAGAUAAUUGAAAGACUAGGCACAACGAGAGAGACAACUCACUGCUUCGUAGACCUGCUUGAUUUUUGC